AUGCCGCUCGAUUUUCUAGGGUCAGUCUAUUAUGAUGGAACAAAAGUUCCGUACUGGGAGCAAAUUAAGCAAGUUACUCCAUUUGUGGCGUCAGCUAUAUUGUUGAAGCUCUACACCAAUGGAUCAUCGAAUACAUGGGAGAGGAAACUACACGGGAAAGUGUACAUUAUGACUGGGGGUACCAGUGGCAUUGGGAGUGCAUUGGCGAAAGAGUUAGCCAGUAAAGGUGCUCAGUUGGUGUUACUAUCAUCUCAAAUUGGUGAGCAUGCCGACAAUAGUGCCAAAGUUUGGAUGACUGACUACGUUAAUGAUUUAAGAGAAGUUACAGGCAACGAGUUGAUAUAUAGUGAAUAUUGUGACUUGUCAUCAUUGCAUUCCAUUAGGAAGUUUGCCACCAAAUGGCUCGACAAUUCACCAGCACGACGUUUGGACGGUGUAAUUUGUCUUGCCAAUGAGAGUAUACCCAUGGGGAAGUUGAGAACCAACUCUAUCGAUGGUGUCGAAAGGCAAAUGGCCAUAAAUUACCUUGGCCAUUAUCAUCUGCUAACAUUAUUAGAACCUGCAUUAAGAGCCCAACCAGCUGAUCGUGAUGUUCGAGUAUUGAUUUCAUCUUGUUUAUCGCAAAAUAUGGGAGAUGUCGAAUUGAAUGAUUUACUCUGGGAAGAUCGAACAUAUCCUAGCAACCAGCCAUGGAAAGUUUAUGGUACCUCGAAGUUGUUGUUGAAUAUGUUUGCCAAGGAGUUCCAACGUCGGGUUCAAAACGUUCCACGACCAGAUAAACAGCCUUGUCCCAUUAGAGUCAAUAUAGUCAAUCCAGGAGUUGUUAGAAGUCCAGGAAUGAGGAGAUUCUUAUCAAUGGGUAGUAUAUUUGGAUUGGUCAUUUAUCUCUUGUUAUAUCCUGUUUUUUGGCUAUUAAUGAAAUCAUGCCAACAGGGGAUGCAAUCCUACCUUUUCGCCAUCAACAAUCCAAAUAUCAUGAACAUACGUGGCGGCAACUAUAUUAAAGAAUGUACAAUUAUUGAGAACGAGACACGUCGGGAGUUGAAUGAUGAAGCACUACAAAAGAAAAUCUACAACCUCACAAGUGAACAAAUAGUAAAGUUGGAGAAGGCAAGUGCCAUAGAGAGAAACAGGGGCAAAAAGGUCAACAAGAAAUCAAGGUUGGACGACUUAGACGUCAAGGUAAAGGGUGGUGCAACUAGCUCGGUCCCAUCGAAUAAUGAUAAAACGGGACUAUUCACGUCCGCCUUCACAGAGAGUAAACAGGGGGACCCGGGGUUAUAUCCUGACAUGAACAAGAUGGACCCUGGCAGUAUCGACGAGGCAAGAGAAGCGAGAUUACGGCACCUUGACGAAAAGUAUAUGAAAAGCCGUGAAGUUAGGUCAAGGGCAGCCAAAGAUUAA